AUGGAGACCUUGCGAAGGAGCCUUUCCCGCUGGAAGAGGUACCACAUCAAGGUGCACCUGGCCGAUGAGGACCUGCUGAUGCCUCUCACUGUCAAGCCCACGGACAAGGUGAUGGACCUGCGGGCUCAUCUGGUACGAGAGGGCAUCACCUCCUGGAAGAAGACUUUUUACUACAACGCCAGGCAGCUUAGGGAGGAGGAGACUGUGAAGGAGGCCAAAAUCCAGAAUGGCUCUGUCCUGCUUCUCGUCAGCCACAAGAGAUAACGCCAUGCAGCGGAGCCCAGGCAACGAGAGAUGGGGCACGUAACAAAGGCAGAAGGGAAGCUGGUGGAAGAGAGCUCGGCCCUGAUUACUGGCUCUUGCAGGAACCAGUGAGAUGCCAUCCUUCAAAUGAUGGAUCGUAUUGCUUGGAGGGGUGGAAACCCCCCAGAAACACUGAAAGGUGUGCACAAGGCAAAGGCAAGGAAGCAGCAGGGUGUGCAUACUCCAGUCCGCAUUCCACGCCGGUAUCGUCAUGGGGCGUAGGUGUUUGCUGGUCUGCACUCUGCACUGUGGAUGUUUGUGUCGGAUUUGUUUGUCUCUGGGGUCCGACUGUUGCUGCGACACCUCAGAUCGGAUGAUCAGGAACCCUGCUGCUGUGUUCAACUCCCUCCAGCUCUGAGCUACAGUAAUCCCCAACUUAACCUCUCUAUGGAGGUAACAAGCCCAGG